AUGGUUUACACGCCACCAGGCCCUUUCCCCCUGCCUCUCACGCCACCAGGCCCUUUCCCCCUGCGUCUCACGCCACCAGGCCCUUUCCCUCGUCUCACGCCACCAGGCCCUUUCCCCUCGUCUCACGCCACAGGCCCUUUCCCCCUGCGUCUCCACGCCACCAGGCCCUUUCCCCCUGCGUCUCACGCCACCAGGCCCCUUUCCCCCUGCGUCUCACGCCACCAGGCCCCUUUCCCCCUGCGUCUCACGCCACCAGGCCCUUUCCCCCUGCGUCUCACGCCACCAGGCCCUUUCCCCCUGCGCCUCACGCCACCAGGCCCUUUCCCCCUGCCUCUCCACGCCACCAGGCCCUUUCCCCCUGCCUCUCACGCCACCAGGCCCUUUCCCCCUGCCUCUCACGCCACCAGGCCCUUUCCCCCUGCCUCUCACGCCACCAGGCCCUUUCCCCCUGCCUCUCACGCCACCAGGCCCUUUCCCCCUGCCUCUCACGCCACCAGGCCCUUUCCCCCUGCCUCUCACGCCACCAGGCCCUUUCCCCCUGCCUCUCACGCCACCAGGCCCUUUCCCCCUGCCUCUCACGCCACCAGGCCCUUUCCCCCUGCCUCUCACGCCACCAGGCCCUUUCCCCCUGCCUCUCACGCCACCAGGCCCUUUCCCCCCUGCCUCUCACGCCACCAGGCCCUUUCCCCCCUGCCUCUCACGCCACCAGGCCCUUUCCCCCCUGCCUCUCCACGCCACCAGGCCCUUUCCCCCCUGCCUCUCACGCCACCAGGCCCUUUCCCCCUGCCUCUCACGCCACCAGGCCCUUUCCCCCUGCCUCUCACGCCACCAGGCCCUUUCCCCCUGCCUCUCACGCCACCAGGCCCUUUCCCCCCUGCCCCUCACGCCACCAGGCCCUUUCCCCCUGCCCCUCACGCCACCAGGCCCUUUCCCCCUGCCCCUCACGCCACCAAGCCCUUUCCCCCUGCCCCUCACGCCACCAGGCCCUUUCCCCCUGCCUCUCACGCCACCAAGCCCUUUCCCCCUGCCCCUCACGCCACCAAGCCCUUUCCCCCUGCCCCUCACGCCACCAAGCCCUUUCCCCCUGCCCCUCACGCCACCAAGCCCUUUCCCCCUGCCCCUCACGCCACCAAGCCCUUUCCCCCUGCCCCUCACGCCACCAAGCCCUUUCCCCCUGCCCCUCACGCCACCAAGCCCUUUCCCCCUGCCCCUCACGCCACCAAGCCCUUUCCCCCUGCCCCUCACGCCACCAAGCCCUUUCCCCCUGCCCCUCACGCCACCAAGCCCUUUCCCCCUGCCCCUCACGCCACCAAGCCCUUUCCCCCUGCCCCUCACGCCACCAAGCCCUUUCCCCCUGCCCCUCACGCCACCAAGCCCUUUCCCCCUGCCCCUCACGCCACCAAGCCCUUUCCCCCUGCCCCUCACGCCACCAAGCCCUUUCCCCCUGCCCCUCACGCCACCAAGCCCUUUCCCCCUGCCCCUCACGCCACCAAGCCCUUUCCCCCUGCCCCUCACGCCACCAAGCCCUUUCCCCCUGCCCUCACGCCACCAAGCCCUUUCCCCCUGCCCCUCACGCCACCAAGCCCUUUCCCCCUGCCCCUCACGCCACCAAGCCCUUUCCCCCUGCCCCUCACGCCACCAAGCCCUUUCCCCCUGCCUCUCACGCCACCAA